AUGGCCGCCUAUGCCUCCGACGCGAGCAAGAUCACGGAAAGGCCCCAGCGGUCCGAUAGCCUUAGGUCGUUGAAUAACGGCCUAGUGUCAGAUGAAACCGGACAAAGGCGACAACCCACACUUGCGGUCCAUCGCCAGUCGUCAGAAGAGCUAGUCACUGACUUGAGCGAGCUGAAGAUCCCCACGCUCGAAACCACUGUACCGGCUCUGCAAGCUCUGCUUGCAAGCACAGCAACUGCAACAAGCUUGGAUGGUUCAGUCUCGAUCCAGAAGACAUUGCUCGAACGGGCAGUCAACGAGAUUCAGGCAUUGACGGAUCAAGUCACGGUGUUGAAGGACAAGUAUUCUGGAGCACGGAGAACCAGCCUUCACUAUAUGGAAGGUAUGACCGUCGCAUCCGAGGAAUACGAAAAGGCGGUACAAGCUCGGCUAGAGGCAGAGACAGAGGUGGCGAGACUAAAGGCGGAAGUUCACGGGCAAACGGCCCGACUCUCGCUCAUUGCGGAAGAUGAGCGGCGCCAGGAAAGUCUGAAGCGGCAAUCCAGCGAUCUCGUGACAAACUUGAGCGGACUUGAGCAGGAUGUUUCCAAGCUGAGGGUUGAGCGAGACAUCACCUUGGCCGAAGUACAGGAACUGGCGGCUACAAAGACGGACUCGGAUCUCCCAAAUGUUGAUCCGGUCGAGAAAGGCGCUACGGUGGCGCGAUCCUUGACCAAACGGUUGAACACUGUCAAAGAACAGUACAAGACCCAACUUCAACCUCUGACUCUCGAACACGAACGGCUAAGUCGAGAAAUAGCUGAGCUUCGUGGCACGCGGGACCUAUAUCUCGAGGAAGCCGCUGCCUUGUCCGCCAAGAACGACGAAUUAGCGGAACUCAAUACUAGGCUGACUAAGCAGACCGAGUCUAUGCAGGAUGGCUUGGCUCGACCCAGAGCACCCUCUGCGUAUAUGCGGCCUGGUGUCAAACACCACAUCUCAGGCUCACCCUCGUUGUCAUCUAUCGCAACGAGCGCCACUCUUCACGAGAUGCCGGACGAGAACUUCAGACAGAUAAGAAACGGGCGAGCAGAUCCGAUCGAUGCAGCACCGGCUGCACGUCGAUUCAAGUGGUACAAGUCCUCAAAAGGCCCUGAACCUAGCGGGCUUUCCAAUUCCAUAUCUCGACCGUUGGCGCUUCCUCCCGAUAAGAACAAAACGCGACCAAGCAACGAUCCUGGUGUGCGGGAACACGUCUUCCAGCCGACUAGCAUUUUGAGAUUUUCCAAAUGCGAGCAUUGCGGCGACAAGAUGUGGGGACUGCAGGAAGUUCGGUGUGCAGUGUGUGGAGUUUACUGUCACACGAAAUGCGUCGACAAGCUUGGAGGAUCAUGUUCCGGUAGUCAUUCGGGGCAUAUCCGUGAAGAGCCAUCGGUGGAGACAGUAACUGGACCUUCGUUGUUCGGGCGUGACUUGACAGAGCAGGUGCAGGAAGAUGGCCAACCUGUGCCUAUCAUCGUGACCAAGUGCAUUGAAGCGGUUGAAACCCAAGGAAUGGAGUAUGAGGGCAUCUACCGAAAGACGGGAGGAUCAUCCCUCUCGAAAGCCAUCACCCAGCUGUUUGAGAAGGGCAAUUACGAUUCCUUCGACCUCAACGACAUUGAUCGGUUCAACGACAUCAACUCGAUCACCUCCGUCCUCAAAUCGUACUUCCGAGCCCUGCCUAAUCCUCUCCUGACGCACGGACUGCACGAGUUGUUUGUGACUGCAGCUUCUAUACGCGAGCCAGACUCCAAGUUCGAGGCCUUGUCUUCCCUCUUGACACAGCUACCGACCGAGCAUUAUAACACUCUCCGAACUCUUAUGCUUCAUCUUCAUCGCGUCAAGAGCUCGAGUGCAGAAAACUUGAUGAACGCUCGCAACCUCGGAGUGGUCUUUGGACCUACGUUGAUGCGAUCGGCGGAUCCUUCAAGAGAAUUUGCAGACAUGGCUGGGAAAGCCCUUUCCAUCGAGUGGAUGAUCGAGAACGCUCCUGCCGUUUUCCUAUGA